GACUCGUCUCCUUUCCUACUCACUCUCUUCAAGAUAUUGAGUCGUUAAACUUCCGCCAAUAAGCCACUGGGGUUUUGGCAUCCUCAAGGUUCCUCGGGCAAGCAAGUCUUCCAUCAGUGCAGGGGUAUCGACAGACUAAGGUUGUGGACUCACAUGGGCAAGAUGGAUAGGCGAUAAAUAAGACAUCAACUUCAGAGGUAAGGUACACGUUGAUUUCGUUAUGACAAGCUGCUGUGCAGAAGAUGUCCACGCUGUCUGUGACUGAUAUCCCAGAUGUUGGUCAUGAUGAGAGUAAGGUGUUUGAUGGGGCCUCUGAGCUGCAGCUGGACUGCAUAGUUGAGGAGAGCAGUGGAAGCACCACAAUGAAGCAUGACGGCCUGCUGUCGCUGGCUGACCUCUCUCACACAGAUGACUUCCCAGUCCCCCCCCAUAAUGGCCCUUCACUGACUGAGAUGAGCAGCCCUCUGCCAAUAGAGCCGAGUGACAUUAAGCUGGAUCCAGCUGCAGGUGACACAUCUGCCAGCACAGAUGGUCAGCCGGUGAAGAGAAAGAAGGGGCCUGCUCCGAAGAUGCUUGGCAAUGAGGUGUGCAGUGUAUGUGGGGACAAGGCCUCUGGUUUCCAUUACAAUGUGUUGAGCUGUGAGGGCUGCAAGGGCUUCUUUCGACGCAGCGUCAUUAAAAGUGCCCAGUACUCCUGUAAGAACAACGGUCGCUGUGAAAUGGACAUGUACAUGCGCCGCAAGUGCCAGCAGUGCCGCCUGCGCAAGUGUCGGGAGGCAGGCAUGCUGGAGCAGUGUGUGCUCUCUGAGGAACAAAUCAGACUGAAGAAGAUGAAGAAGCAGCACGAGGAGGAAACAGCCCGCACGUCCACGGUGGUCACCCCCACCCCUCUACAGGAAGCAGCCGCACUGGAUCCGCAGCAGCAGGAGAUGAUUGAGAAGCUGGUGGCCAUGCAGAAGCAAUGCAACAAGAGGUCUUUCCUUGACCGACCAAAAGUGACACCGUGGCCACAGAGUCAGGACUUGCAGAAUCGGGAGGUGCGUCAGCAGAGAUUCGCCCACUUCACUGAGCUAGCAAUCAUGUCAGUCCAGGAGAUUGUGGAUUUUGCUAAGCAGCUUCCUGGUUUCCUGGAGCUCACAAGAGAGGACCAGAUCGCUCUACUGAAGACAUCUACCAUUGAGAUUAUGCUGCUGGAGACAUCUCGGCGAUACAAUCCUGCUAUUGAUAGCAUUACAUUUCUGAAAGAUUUCAGCUACAAUAAGGAGGAUUUCGCCAAAGCAGGGCUUCAGUUUGAGUUCAUUAACCCCAUCUUUGAGUUCUCAAAAGGAAUGAACGACCUGCGUCUCGACGAGGCCGAAUAUGCCCUGCUCAUCGCCAUCAACAUCUUCUCUGCAGAUCGGCCAAAUGUUCAGGAUCACGAUCUGGUGGAGAGGCUGCAGCAACCCUAUGUGGACGCACUGCGCUCUUACAUCAUGAUAAAGAGACCAAAUGAUCACUUGAUGUUUCCCCGUAUGCUGAUGAAGCUGGUGAGCCUUCGUACACUAAGUAGUGUCCACUCGGAGCAGGUUUUUGCCCUUCGCCUCCAGGACAAGAAGCUUCCCCCGCUGCUAUCUGAAAUCUGGGACGUCAAUGAGUGACUACAAACCUGAUGUCACACUUUGGUUUCAUGAAGCCCGAGACAGACAGGACAUCGAGCAGGAACACUGACUCCUCUCUGCCCAUCCGGUCAGGGAUUGGUUAUAGCGUUGAGAUUUUUUUUUCUGGUGGGAGGAGAGCAUCAUUGCCCUUUGCUCUCAAACAGACUGCUAAAUGGCUUUGUGUUAAGACGGAGAACCCCGAACACCUAGUUUUCUUUGAGCGUUUUGUUCUUUUUGUGUAGAUGCUGACAUGAUUAUGGCGAUAUUAAAUACCAGCAUCAGGCUCUUUAGCCAGUUAUCUGAUCUAAUAUUUGUUGAAAGUUACAUCAAUCUCUAGUGCAGUUCUAUACUCAUCCUCUAAGAAUUAUAAUAAGAAAUCUCUGAGCAGGUCUUGGCUGUGGCUCUCUCAAACAUCAGGAUUACAGCUGCACAUUCGGUUGAAAUUGUGAUUUUUGCAGUCGUGCAAUAGGUGGAAAUGGAUACAGUUAAGCAUGAGCGGACACAUAUCCGCUAUUCACUUUAUUGAUGUUAGGCUAAAACGGUAGGCCAUCUGGUUGGUAUUGUGCAUUGUGAUAUGGCAACAAAUAGUUUGUGUUCCUUGUGGAGUAAGUGCAGAAAUCAAAAGGUUGGCGUAGUCGCUCAGGUAAAGUAAUGUGAAGUAGACCUCUGGGAAUUGGAGGUUUCUUUAAUUUCUAUUAGAUUAAUUUAGUUCUCUUCCAAGUGCAUAAGGGACCCUUUUGGUCAUUUAUAGAUGCCCAUUAACUUUGAUGUAAAUUGUAUAUUUAUUUUCACGAGACAACUAUAUAGAGUGCACACAUGAAAAGCAUCCACAAGAUUGUACAAUCACAUACUAACGCACAAGAAAGUAAACCUCUGCAGGUGACUGGGAGACCACGCCCUCAUUUACAGGAAACAGUGAUGCGACAAAUUUUUUUUUUUUUUUUGUACACGGAGCACUAGUACCUUGAAGUGGGUGGUACUAAGGUGUCUUUAAAUUCCAUGUAAAGAUUAAAUGUUGUUCAAAAAAGGAAGUCAAACUCCUCCUGUCAUGAAUAAAAACCCAUCCUGGCAAAGUUGUAUUCUGAAAUCAACAUAGAAAGGACUGCCACUAUUAACAGCUGAUCCGUCAUUAUGUGUGUGAGAGAUGUACUUUUAUUCAUUUCAUUACAAAGCAGUACAGUUAUUUUCCUAUUUGAUUUAGUUUUUUUUUUUUUUAACACAGGCAUUUGAAGGUGAGAUAUAAGCAACAUACAGGUAGUUUGAACAGGAUACAGAGAAUUUCACAUCCUUUUAUUUUUGAUAAUAUACUGUAUGAAUGGUACUGAGGAAAAGAUAACGAUAGUUGAAUAUAAGGUGGAAAACUAGCUUGAUUUAAAAGUCUUGAGUAUCUUCCUUGAAUGGGUACUCCGCACCAACAGCUUUAACUGGUCAGACUCUGGAAAACCUCGCUAAAAACUACCAAAAUCUUCACUAGCAGGAGCAGAGAACAACAGGAAAUGAGUUGAAACAUUAAAACUUCAGAGAUUUAGAUGUUUAUAUUCAUGCUGUGUUUUCCUGUGCAGUGUAAACUUGAAUUGCAUAACGGCUGAUAAAGGAAUGUCAAUGCAAAUUCAGAAUUGUGAAGUUUAAUCUCUCUUCAUACUCAUGUUGCAUCAAGAGGGCUAUAAACUGGAUUACAUGAUGCCAUUGCAGCCCGUUUUUCUGAAAUGAAAGUAGUUUCAGUGCCAGUUAAAAUCAGGCAUUAUACAUGAUUGUAUAUUUUUUUUUUUUUUUUUACCAGUUUCAGAUACAGUUUCUAAAAGGCUAUUAAUUAAUAAAAUUCUAUUUAACAGCUAACAUGUUACAUGAUUCUUCACAUGAGCACAGCUCACAGUAAAAAACACGUGGUGUCGUCCUCAGUUAUGCUGACAGGCAGGCCUAGUUCUGAUUCAAGCUGAAUUAGAUAAUCUUGUCCAAAAGCACUUUGCAAUUGAUCUUGUUUGUUUUAAUGAUUUGAAUUUCGAUGUCAGACUUUUUAAGUCUUCUGUUCUCUUACUUAAUCAACCAACGUCUCUGUAUUGCAUAAUGUUUUUGUUUAAUUGAAUGACCCGCUAUGGAUCUCCCAGAUGGUCAGACUGUGUUUUUUAUAAACAGGCCUUUUUCACAGCGGAUAUUUUUGCUCGUCACAGUAGGAAAAGUGCAUGUGUUACUAAUACCAUUUAAAAACAUGACUCUAUUCUAUUCAGACGUCCCAGUAAGCCAUGUAGACAGUCAGCCACCAUGCACAGUAACAGGACACUGAAACUGAAGCGGCUGAAAUGAAUUCAGCCAUCGUUAAUUGUGUUUUCCUACUGUGACAUGUUAAAAUGUCUGACUCCAUUGCACAGGAUGGGAGCAUGUGUCUUGGAAACCCAGUCUAAACACAUCAAAGAAAUACUGCAAUGCUUACUAAUGCAACUCUAAUAAUGGUAAAAAAAAAAAAAAAUGGAGUGAACUCCCUAGGUUGUAUUUUCAUCCUAGCUGGAUGAGCACUGGCUCAGUCUGGCCUCUUGCACCAUAAAGAUAAAAGAUUGUAAAGGGACUACACGCAGCAAGCUUCACCUAUUGGUUGGUUGAAUGAAUACAAACAAAUGGAUGUUUUCCUUCCAAGUUCUUUAUUGUUUGAACAGUUGUACAGUAUGUUCUUGAGCCUGCAGAAUUAUCACAGAAACAAUAGCAACCAGAAUGUGUUUCCUCCUCUGCCCAGCUGCUCGGAAAAACACCUGAUGAAAGGCUCCAGUUAGGUAACCGUUGCAGUUAUGCAAGACAACAUGAAGUUUAAUUCUCAACUUGAGCUUUAUUGUGUUACAUUGCCAAUUUGAGAGUUGUCUGAACUCGGUGUCGAACUUUAGAGGCACACUUUUCAUUCAGCAGGAACACAUGAAGACAGAAGUCAAUGGUGUCCUGGCAUUUUCUGACCACAUACUGCAUCACGCCUUUAACCUUCCCUCUCAGAAUCUGAUUUACUAUUUAUUGAUGCUCUAAAAAUGGGAACAUAUUUUUGUUAUUAAUUUUCUUACAUCCUUCGAACCCUUUAGUGCCGUAUUUAAUGGUUUUGUUUUUGACAAAUGGAUCAAUAUUAAAAGAAACGGGAGUGUGCAGCAUUUUGAAACCAUGCCGGCGCUUUGUUUCAGUUGGAUAUGCAAAACUUUCUUUUGGGUCCCUUUGCAACGAGAUGUGAGGUUUGCUUUUGGGUUUUGGUUUGCCGCUUUCAGGGUAUCUCUAGCCAAACAGUCACCAUCAAGUUUAAAACUAGUCUCUGUGAUACUGGGGUACAUUUUCCACCAUGUCCCAGUGGAAUCCCAUCAUUAUUUUCUCAUAGUUUGCUGAACUCUGAUCAAAUGAGCAAAAAGCAUCAAUUGUUCACUCUUAAAUCUUUGUUUCUGACUGUACAUGUUGUUUUAAUGCUGUAGCUGUCAAGUUUAAUUGUACUGUAUAUACUGUAAUUGUCAUCUCUGAUCUCAUUUAAUUCCUGUCUUCAAAGGGUGACACUGUAAACAUUAUUGAUAUAUAGAAAUGCAAACCUAUUUUAAUACUUGUAACUCCUGAAGACCUUCUGUUUUGUAUGUACAGUAUAAAUUAAAGCUAUGCUGUAGUG